AUGUGUGGCGGUGUGAAACGCUUGCAGUCAAACUGCACGUGACGGGACCGCCCAUCUUCUGAACAGCUGUUCUGCAGAGAACAAAGAGGGGCUUAAAAUAAAAUGAAAGCUGCAAAGAAUUAGAUUUUUAUAUAGAUCAUGCAUGCAUUGUGCAAUUUUAUCAUUGCUCUGUCAGUAUUAUAUUUGUGUGUGUGCGCGUGCGUGCGUUUGUGUGUGUCUCCCCAUCCAGGAUCCUGAAGUGGCCUCUGCUCCUCUGGGCUCUGAGAGCUCCACAGGUCGCUGUCUGCUCACCCUGCUCGGCAUUGCCUUCAUCCUGAGUGGGCUCAUCGUGGGGGGAGCAUGUCUCUACCGAUAUUUCACCCCGAAGAGGCUUUAUCACGGUGCGAUGCAGUUCACUGACAUGUCCAGUGGAGCUGAAAACCAGCCAUACUACCUGCCCCAGGUGGAGGAGGAGGUGGAGAUCUCUGACAGCAUGGCCGUCAUCAGCGUCCCCCCUCCUCGCUUCAGACCUGGAGACCCUGCGUACAUCCUCCAUGACUUCCACAGGAAGCUGACGGCAUAUCUGGACCUGACUCUGAGGACCUGCUUUGUGAUUCCUCUGAACACAUCUGUGGUUCUGCCCCCUCAGGACCUCAUUGACCUCUUCUCACAGCUGAUGUCUGAUUCGUACCGUAGCUAUCUGGUGCAUGAGGACCUUGUCGUCACUGAGCGUAUUAGUGACGUCAAACCUCUUGGUUUCUACAUCCGCCGGCUGUGUGACGGAAAAGAAACCUACAGGAUGGAACGUCGUGCAAACCUUCCAGGCGGAAACAUCCAAAAGCGCUCUGUCGACAACUGCUUCACCAUCCGUCACUUUGAGAACAAGUUUGUGACGGAGACCCGCAUCUGCAAGGCUUGAUGGGAAAGCAUCAGUGUAGGUUGGAGAAAGUACUGGAAAGAGAACAAGCUGAAGACUGAUGGAUGGAGACAGAUGGAGCGAGUUGGUGGGAUAAGAUGAGAAAAGAUUUUAAGCACAAAGUUAGUUUUGUAUAAAAAUUUCCAUUUUCUUUUUAGCUUGUGUUUAGUGGUUUUUAAGUUCCAGUGUUAAAGAUUAAAUCCCUCUGCUGCUGUUUUACUCUGAACCUGUAUAGGUCAUAGCUUUUUUGCACAAGUAUUAACUAGCUAGUCACGUGAUGUUAGCUUGAAGCACACUAAUAGUUCACACUAAUCGUUAGUAAACACUAAUCUGUUAUGUUGAGUGCAGUUUUGUUGUUGUAGCUUCCUGCAGACUUAUUAUCGUAUUACAGCCAGCCAUCCAUCCCAUCCAGAGUUAUUGGUGAAUUAAUUAAAUAUUCUAGAAGGCACCUAAGCCAGUCUUGUCUUGUGUCAUCCUAACAUCAACACAAUAUUAGAGCAGCAUUGAUGAGAUAUUGUAUCUUUUGUGGUUUAGUUCUAAUAAAGGAAUAGUUCAGUUUUU